AUGCAUAUCUACGUUGGAAAACUCGACUGGUACGAAUACGCAACAGACGAAUGCAUAACAAUUGUCUUCCCUGCUGGCUUCGCUCUCAAGGACCCUGCUUGCGCAUAUUGGCAAUGGUCGACUAGCUUCACCGGAGUUUCGAAGGAAAACUGCAUACAGAACGGUUCCAUCAUCGGCGUGACCAGCACAACCAAAGAGUAUGGCGUGCGAUUCGAAUCCAGUUAUUACUCUUUCCAGGGAUACGUUACGGCCGAUUUCAAAUCUCUAUCACUCACUAUGACGGAUCCAGAUGGCAAACAUGCCCCAGUCGAGUUAUCACUACAGUACAGUGAUACCAUGAGAAUCCCAUCUACCUCAGUCUUCACUGGGAAACUCGAUUGGCUUACAUACAGCGUAAACGAGAUGGCAACACUGAUAAUCCCUGGAGAGGUUGCCAAUGACCAGCCUGUGAUUCUCAGCCGCCAAUGGACUGUGGACCAUAAUGGCACUCCCAAGGGGAAUGAUGUCCUCAAUACUGUCAUGAGGGCUGUGGGGGUGGAUGACAAAGGUAAUGUAAAGGCAGAGUUUGGUGAUGGCUACUAUACAUUUAAUUUCACAAUCCUCAAAUCCGAUGGAAGCAUGUCACUAGGGAUGACCAAAUCGGAUGGCUAUGUCGACCCCAGUGCCCCGUACAGGUUGACACAGACAGAUUUCAGAGACCUCGGCGCAUUAAUCGUGCGCUAUGGGACAGGUACCGACGAUGGGAUCUUCAAGGUGCAGGAUAUGCUUAUAAACUAUCUCGGAUUCUCUAGCAAUGACGUGGAGCUCUUAUACUUCGACGUCGACCCGCCCAGUGGGCCAAAGGAGUGCACUCUUGGGCAAGAUCCGCCGACCAUAGCUAACUUCAAGUCAAAAUUCACGAAGCUAUGCACAAACGCCGAAGUCGGUGAUGUGAGUUUCUUAUAUGUCGAUGCACGUAACACUACAUACCCCGAUGAAGAUGGGUCCGAUGCGCGAGAUGAUGGCGAUGAUGGCUGGAUUCUAGCCGGAAAUGACGACGGAACUUCCAAAGAAAUCCUACCAGCCGUCUGGUUGGCCGAUACUAUUAGCAAGAAUCUUACGAAGGGCGUCAACCUCACCAUCGCAUCCUCGUCAUCCAUAGGCAGCAGUGAGCUGGAUGGACGCAAGGCGGUACCAGGGAUCCUCCUUACCGGCUGCCACGAAACUCAAUUCAACAUCAAGGCACUCAAUGGUAAGGAUCCAUGGAUAGUCGCCGUAACCUCGGUUAUAAAAGACAACGCCCGCCGCCAGCGUGGCGUGCCAACGUACUCGGCACUCUUCAAUGAGGCCAAGAACUUCAUCCGCGCCCACCUUGCCAACAAGCAGCUUGCUGAGAACUACAAAGGUCCAAGUCCUUCAGAAUGGGACCCAGUUCCGGGACGCCAAGCGGACAAUACGAGCAACCAAGACCCGCAGUUGACGUUCUAUCAGGACUUUUUUGACCCGAGUGAGGAGAGGUUUCUGCUCCCUUUUCAAGCGCCAAUCAAUGAGGAAGCAGAUGGGCAGGCGGUUAGGUUUCCAAGAGAUGAAUACCCGCACGAAGAGCUAUAAAGUACUGAAAGAUGUGACUAGGCUCAAAGGUUGAAUCCUUCAUACACUCACUCCAUUAUCUUGAUGGCAUAACUAGUAGGACGAAGAUAAUAUUGUGAAAUAUGAGACUGUCACGGUUUGAUGUCUCGAUACAAGGUAGCCGGAACUUACCUACUCUCUCAAGACACUCGUUAUUAAGGACACAAAGUCUGUAUAUUAACUUUAG